CGCCGACAUUGGUCUUUCUUCAUUCAUUCCCGAGAAACAAUUUGGUGACUUCUACUUAAAAUUGUUUAAUAAAACUACUGCCAAAAUGUCGAAUUUAAAAUCGUAUACUAUGGAUGAAGUCAAGAAACAUAACACAGCAGAAAGUUUGUGGAUAGCUAUACACAAUAAAGUAUACGAUGUCACUGCCUACAAAGAGGAGCAUCCUGGUGGACCAGAGAUACUUCUUGACAAUGGUGGUACGGAUGGAACGAAAGAAUUCGAUGAUAUUGGACACAGCCCUGAUGCUAAAAAAAUAAUGCAGAAGUAUUUAAUCGGGACCCUUGAAGAAAAACCAUCUAAAUCCUCCACAUAUGAUGCCCUAAAAGCUGACUUACAACAAAAUUUUUACAGGUAUGCAGCAAUUACUCUCGGUGUAGCUAUAUGUAUUGGGGCCAACUUUUUAGUAUAUAAACAUGUGUCCAAGUAAAUUACAAAGAUUGAUAAAGUAUUAUUUCUUUGAUGAAAUAACGGAACACAAAUUUGUCUUGCAUGUUUAGUUUAAUA